AUGACAACAUCAGCAACUCCAGUUACCCCCGCACUGCCAAAGAAGGCUAAAAGGACAAGAACAAAUAUGGCCACCGUAACGCUACCAAAGUGCGAGAGCGCAUACAAGUUGCUGGAUGAGGCCACCAGGGAAAGACAAGAGGAGAUGGCCGAAAAGUCUGUAACAGAAGAGGCGAAGAAAAGAUUUCCUGACACGAACUCAAAGCCCGACAUUUUUCAAUCUUCAUCGUUUUUAAUGGAUAUGGAUGAUAAGAUUAUCAUCGUAAAUUACCCGAAAAACAAGAAAGAGAAGAGGGAAAAGAGGGAAAAAGAUAUUAAAGACACUUUAAAUGCUUUACAUGGCACGAAAAACGACAACUCAACACAAGAUAUGCCGCAAGGGGCAAUAGAAGCCCUUGAAAAACUACUUGGAAAAGUCCCUGAUCAGCAAAAGACCCGGGGCUCAAACUACGGAAGAUUGGCCCAAGACUUUACGUUCCCUGCGAAACAACAAUCCACAGCAGGGAGAUCGAAAGGAACAAAAGAAGAAGAAAGUGCAGCUUCAUCCUCAAAAACAAAUGAGAAUGCAAGAGAAACUGGUCUCGAGGAACUCGACAAAAAAGAACGUGCUCGUCGUCGAAAGAGCAACUUAAAUGCUCUAGCGCCGUCUUUUAAACCAACUUUCGCCUCAAGCGGUUCAUCAACGGAUCAGAAUAGGUCUGAUUCUGAUUCGAAAACUGAGGUGGAUGAUCGGAAGAAAAAGAACAAAAAGGAGAAGGCGGUAUUGGAUGUAAAUGGUGAUACUGAAUUACCCUAUCAAAGAAAACCAAGGAAAUCGAGCCAACAGAUUUUACCAUCUGAACUUUCAGCACUUGACACUACAACAGGUUCGUACGGUAGUUUCGUCUCAACUUCUUUUGAUCAGGCAUUCUUUGUGCCUGCUGCACCACCUCCACCCUUCCCGGUUCAAUAUGUUGAAAAUAGUCCACCAAACUGGGAAGAGUUCCAGAAAAACUUAUCAAGCGAAGUGGUUAGUAGAGUUGAGAUGGAAGUUCAGAAGCAUAUUGUGAAGCUUGUGUCUGAAGUUAGAACAACAUUGGCUGAAACUAAGCCUGAAUGUACUACAAGUAGUUCUUCCGCAUCAGACAAAAGAAAGGAUGAUACGAUAAGACGACUUGAAGAAACUGAAAGAAAAAACGAAGAAAUAAGAUUCAAUAAGAUGCAGGAACAGUUUUUACAAGAAUUGCAAGAUUAUCAACAAGAUAUUCGUUCUUCUCAUGAAGAAUUUUUGUUAAGGCAUGAAGAAGUGCAGACACGGCAUUUGCAACUUCAAGCGGAACUUAAACAGACUAAAGAUGAAGUUCAAUCUACAAGUAAUGUUCAACGACGUCAUGUAGAACUUCAAAACAUGCUUCAAAAAGAGCUUAGUCAGCUUGACGAAUUAAAGACCCGUCUUCAAGAAAUGCAGAAUGAACAUCGAAAGAUGCAAGAUCGUCAACAGCAACUUCAUGAUGAGAUGACGGAUUCACAGGCGUUACGUCAUCGUCUUAGCGAAUUUGAUGCCGAAGUUGCACAAUUACGUUUUAAGAAUAAUAAGUUGAUAGAAGAAAAUACCUUACUUGCAAAUGAAUUCGCCAAACGUUCUGAAGAAUACAAGAUGAAAGAGCGUAAGCAAGAUACUAUGAUUUUAGAAUUGCAGUCUGAACUCAACCUUGUUCGAAACAAAAAUAACCAGGUUGAAUUGUCGUUAGAAGGGCAGAUGCAAAAAUUUCGUCUCCUACAGAAUGAAAACCAAAAGCUUUUUGAAGAGAAUACUACUACAAAAAAUAGUCAUCAGUCCAACAUCAGUGAACUUAAAUCUAAACUUCAGCAAGUCGAAAGUAGAGAAGAAAGCUUGCGUACUUCAUAUCGUCAAUUGGAGGAAGAAGCUUCUCAUUAUAAUUCGUUGAAAGAAUUUCAAGAAAAAAUUGAAAAUGAGAAGACUGAACUGCUAAGGAAAAACCCUCGUAAACUUGAAAACGAGACAAUCCAGACAAUCCAAAAAGAACUCGCCGUUCAUCGUACUUCUAAGAAGACUUUAGAAAACAGAGUGAAUGAAUUAAAUAAAGUUCGCCAAGAGCUAGAAGAAGAAGUAGUUGAACUUGCUGAGUUACGUCCUCGUAUUAAGGAAUUGGAGAAACAAGCCUCUGACCUUGAACGUACCUGUUUGAAAAUGAAGGAGUUAGAAACUCACUCAGUUGAACUGGAUCGUUAUCGACGUCGUGCUCAUGAAUUAGAAACAGAAUUAAAAAGCCUUCGUCAACGCGUUAGAGAAUCCGAGAAUCAUUCAACCCAAAUUGAGUCUUUACAGAAAAUGUGUCAAGAUCUCGAAGUUAAGUUUGACAAUAAAAGUUCCGAGGUUAGUCAAUUACGACAUGAUAAUAGUGAAUUGACGAAAGAAGCAAACACAAAAGCCGAGGAAGUCGUACAACGUACUCUGGAUUUGAAACAAAUUCUUGAAAGAAACCAGAGUUUGCAAAAUAAGAAUUCUGAAAUUACCAACGAAUUAGCAGAGUUGAGGAUGCGAUUACAGAUGAAUGUUGCUAGUACAUCAACAGUUUCAUAUUCUCCCAUACAUACUCCUCGUGUUAUGAAUAAUGAUAUCAUCGAUGAUCAUCGUAUGUCUCGAGAUAUUUUGGUUUAUAACAGCCCAUCCUUUCCAAAUAAUUCAUUCGAACAUUCCAAUUAUAAUCGUAUCAAGUCACCAAACACUCCAAACAUCUAUUCACAACAAACAUACAGUCAAAUUCCGAAUAUGUCUUCACAAAGUUCACAAAGUUCUCAACCCAGUCAAAUAAUGGCCUCAGGCAUUAAUUUUCAACAUCCGACGCAUCAAUAUCCUAUUCAUUAUUCAUCUACCAAUCAUCUUCAAUGCAAUCAACCACCACAAGAUGUCCAAUCGGUUCCGCUUCAUCAAAUUCCUCCCAUGCAACCAGUUGUUCAAUUGCCACACACUAAUCAUCAACUUCAAUCCGCGCAAGCUUCCUCUCAAAUGCAACAACAGAUGCCACAACAGAUGCAUACUCAUCCUAACCUUCCACCAUUAAUGACAUUUCAUUCGCAAUCAACAAAUGUAUCGGCCCAACCUUCACCAACGACAUCACUAGGUUUUCUGUCACAUCCAACACAACAAAAAAAUGGCAAAGCUCAUAACCGCAGUGGAUCAAAUAAUCUAGGAAGUAAUCCUAAACAAACUAAGCAAAAGAAGAAGAAACAACACAGUAAUCAACACAAGGGUGUUAAUGAUAAUGUCGCAAUUAAUGCAAAUAAUUCUCAAACAAAUGAUCCAGAUUCCAAUGCUUCAAAAAACCCAUGGAAUAAAUCUGAAUUGAACAAUGUUAUCUGGUGGGAACAUGGGAAAAACUGA